AUGGUUCCCGUGGCUUUUCUGAAGAAGAUCAUGAAGGUUUGCUGUCAGAUGUCCGACCCGGACCUCGACCGGCUUCUGCAGGCUUUGGACACCGAGCGAACUGGAAAGGUUCCCUUGAGUCACUUCAUCAGCUGGAUGUUCCGCACCUUUGAGGACAAGAUAGAGGAAUGGACGACUGACGAUGAGUUGAAAAACUUCUCAGCGGUGCUGCCACCAGGAACUGAGAAGCUGACUCUAAGCUUCGUUUGUCCAGACAAAUUCACCGACACAGCUCUCAGCCACAUCGGGGCAGGCUUACCAGGCACGUUACAGAAGUUGGCCCUGGCCUUUGAGUUCUCGUGGACAGAAUGCAAGAUCACAUGCGGCGGCUUUGCCAAAUUGGCGGAAGGUUUGCCGAAGGGUCUGACCUCGCUCGAUCUGAUCGUCAGAAACGAUGAGCUUCCAGACAAGGCGCUUGAAAGCCUGGCUGACAAACUGCCAUCCACAUUGACAAGGGUAAUGCUCAGUUUCAAAGACAACGCCGAGUUCACAGACAAAGGGCUUUGUGCACUCAUAGCCAGCUUUCCUGCUACUCUGCUGGAGCUCAUCCUCAAUGUUGAUGCCAAUCCGCAAUUGACGGACACUACCCUGCAAGCGUUUGCGAGCUGGUUGAGCAGCUCUGGCUCUGGCUUGCAGAAGCUCUAUUUGAUCAGCAACAGCAGCAAGUACACGCAGAACGGCCUGAAGGAGCUUUGCUCCGCAUUGCCCAGCAUGAAGGAGCUGAGGCUGGAGUUUCAGUCCAGCGAGGCUGAGCCCGAUCUCGGCAGCCAGUUCGUGGUGUCACCGGACAACUUGAUCACCUUCAUGGGCAGCGGAAGCGCUUCGUAG